AUGGAUCUUUCGAACAAUUACAUCGGAUCAUUCACUUAUAAAAGUAGUGGUCGAGGUGAUGCUUCUGAUUUAUCAAAUGAUCCAAAGCUUAAUUUUUUUGUUGCAACAAGUCAACAACGUCUGUUGAAAGGUAUCAGUGGUAUGGUAUGGAAAGGGAAGUCGUCACAGGUUAUCCUGUGGAAAAAGACCAAUGUCAACGACGAAAACAGUUGGAGUGAUGAUCCAUGUGAAAUCUGCAUGCUAUGGUAA